GUGGGGACGGUACCCAAGGGGCACAGGGAGGAUGUCAUCUCCACCGCUGUCCCUGGCGGUGGCCUCGGCCACGGCGGCGUCGGGACGGGUGCUGCGGGCACUGGGGGAGCUGGCGGAGGCGCUGGGAACACCGGGAACGGUGGCGAAGGUGUUGGCAGAGGCGAAGGUGGUGCUGAGGGAGGCGGAGGUGGUGCUGGAGAGGCUGCAGACGGCGCUGGAGGACGCGAUGGCGGCAGCGGCGGCGAUGACGCCGCCAACGCUGGGGCUCAACGCCGAAGGGCUCUACCGGGCUCUGGGGACGGCCGCAGACGCCAGCGCUUCCGAGCUAGAGCGGGAACUGUGCCGGAAUCGCCGGCGUCGCUGGGGUCUGUGGGUGGCCCGGACUGUUGCCCUGGUGCUGCUGCUUGUCUGCACCCCGCUGUUGUCCCUGGACGUGGUGCGGGAGGCGCUGGGGGUGACACAGGAGAGUCACCUCGUCCCCUGCCUGGCCACCAUCGCCCUUGUCUGCCAGGUGGCCCUGUGGGGCGCGGGGACAUCCAAGCGUCACUUGGCCACCGCCGCCAGCCACCAGCGUCACCAAGCCCUCCGCUACCCGCCCGCCUGGCCCGGGACAUCGCCGCUGCCACCGCUGCCACCACCGAGGCGACCGAGGCCACCACCGCUGCCAAUGCCACCCUGGGGAUGCUGGAGGAGGUGGCCGGUCACCUGAAGACCCUGGUGGACGCUGUCACCCAGGACCUGGAGAUGGCCAAAGGCUUCCCUGCCAGCGCCCGGGUCCUGGGGGACGUCGUGGUGGCCUUGGGGACAGUGAUGGGGGACAAGGAGGGGACGCAGAGGUUGGCCCGGGCACUGGAGGCUCUGCCAGGGGUUGAGUAGGGAUGGGGGUGGGGACACCCGGAGGGUCCUCCUCAUCCUGGGGACAACCCGAUGUCCCCUGUGCCAUCUGGGGACACCCGGAGGGUCCUCCUCAUCCUGGGGACAACCCGAUGUCCCCUGUCCCAUCUGGGGACACCAGGAGGGUCCUCCUCAUCCUGGGGACACCAGGAUGUCCCUUCUCCGUCCUGGGGACACGGGGAUGUCCCCUGUCCCACCUGAGGACACCUGGAUGUCCCUCCUCCUGG